GCAUGGCGGCUGUCCCGGCUGGGCUGGGGCCCGCGGCGCAAGCCCCGGCUUGGCCUCGUUAAAGAGCUUCGUGCCGAGGCCGGCGGCGGCGCGGGGCCUGCGGGGGAGCGCCCGGCUCGUAGCGCGGCAGGGAGCGAGCUGUCGCUGUGCGGAGCGGCGCCCGGCGCGGCGCGGAUAGGUACUUUUCCUUGCCCACCCCCCGUUCUUUCUAGAUCAGAAGAGCUAUUUGCACUUCACAGAUCAGUAACCUGUACUCUGGAGCUUAUCUGAGUGGAGCAUCUUUAGAAACAGGAGCCAGGAUGUUGAGAAUUACAAGGAAAUUUUCAGUGAACACAUUGAAGUCAUCAAGUUUCUGCAAUGAGCGUGUGUAUUUCAGGAAGACGAAAACGGGAGUCAUAAGUGUGAUACAGCAAAACUGCAGUCUAAGAAACUACAGUUCUCCACCAGGAGAUGUUAAGUCUCUGCGUUCUGUUAUUAAUCCUCAUAUAUCCAGAAUCCGAAACAUUGGCAUUAUGGCCCACAUCGAUGCAGGGAAAACUACCACAACAGAGAGAAUGCUGUAUUAUUCUGGAUACAUAAGAACGCUUGGAGAUGUUGAUGAUGGGGACACAGUGACAGAUUUUAUGGUACAGGAGCGAGAGCGUGGUAUUACCAUUCAGUCUGCUGCUGUUACAUUUGACUGGAAGGACUACAGAAUCAAUCUGAUUGACACCCCAGGUCAUGUGGACUUUACAGUGGAAGUCGAGCGUUGUUUGAGAGUCCUGGAUGGAGCAGUAGCGGUAUUUGAUGCUUCAGCUGGUGUUGAGGCCCAAACUCUGACAGUGUGGAGACAAGCAGAUAAACAUCAGAUACCACGAAUAUGCUUUUUGAACAAGAUGGACAAAAUCAGGGCAAGUUUUACGUACGCUGUUGAGAGUAUCAUACAAAAGUUGAAGACAAAACCUUUGCUUUUACAGUUGCCCAUUGGGGAAGCCAAGACCUUCAGAGGACUGGUUGAUGUGGUCACUAAGGAACAAAUAAUUUGGAAACCUACCUCUGAUUUGGAUGAUGGAAAAAAUUUUGAGCAAAAGCUGCUGCUGGAGGCUGAUGAUCCCAACCUGUUCCAAGAAGUCCAGGAUGCCAGAAAUAAUUUAAUAGAACAAGUUGCAGAUCUUGAUGAUGAAUUUGCUGAACUGGUUCUAGGAGAAUAUAGUGAAAAUUUGGACUUAAUACCAGCUGACAAGUUACAGUCUGCUAUCCGCAGAGUCACGCUAGCUCAGAAAGCGGUACCUGUACUCUGUGGCAGUGCACUGAAGAACAAAGGAGUGCAGCCGUUACUGGAUGCUGUUACUAUGUACCUGCCUGCACCUAAUGAGCGUUCAUACGAGUUUCUACAAUGGUACAAGGAUGACUUGUGUGCCCUAGCAUUUAAAGUUCUCCAUGAUAAAUGUCGUGGACCACUAGUUUUCAUUCGUGUUUACUCAGGUUCACUGAAACCGCAGUCAGCUGUAUAUAAUAUUAACAAGAGUUGCACGGAGAGAAUGAGCCGGCUGCUCCUGCCUUUUGCUGAUCAGCAAAUUGAAAUACCAUCACUAAUGCCUGGCAACAUUGCCCUUACCGUUGGCUUAAAACAGAGUGCCACUGGAGAUACCAUAGUGUCAUCAAAGGCUUCAGCAGUAGCUGCAGCACGCCGAGCUGGAAUGGGUACUCGAGGGGAGAAAAGAUCUAGCAGUAACACAGAGAGCCUUCUGCUGGCAGGCGUGGAGAUCCCUGACCCUGUCUUCUUCUGUACAAUUGAACCUCCUUCAACGGCCAAACAACAAGACUUGGAUAAUGCAUUGAGCUGCCUUCAGCGUGAAGAUCCAAGCUUAAAAGUGAAGCUAGAUCCUGACACAGGACAAACUGUUCUUUGUGGCAUGGGAGAACUACACAUAGAGAUCAUUCAUGACCGAAUCAAACGUGAAUAUGGAAUUGAGACUUAUUUGGGACCUCUUCAAAUAGCAUACAGAGAAACCAUCCUAAAUGCUGCCCAAGCUACAGAUGUAUUGGACAAGGCAGUAGGAGAUAAGCGACACUUUGUAACUGCAGAGUUAGAGGUGAGGCCUGGAUUAGGGGAGAGAGCAACCACAAAACCUGCCAUCGAGUAUGCUGUGGGUAUUGAAGAAUUACCCAAAGAAGUCAAGGGAGCUGUAGAAAACGGAAUCACAAAUUCAUGCAUUCAAGGACCUUUGCUUGGGUUCCCGGUUCAGGAUAUAGAUGUGACAGUGCAAUCACUGACGCUGCAUCCUGACACCUCCCAUACAAUGCUAUCAGCCUGUGUCUCCCGUUGCAUGCAAAAGGCUUUGAAAAAAGCUGGUAUACAAAUACUGGAGCCCUUAAUGAACCUAGAAAUCACAGUAAGUGAAGAUCACCUCAGUGCAGCACUUGCUGACCUUGCACAGCGGAGAGGUAGUGUUCAGGAAAUCCAGAGUCGUCAGGAUAAUAGAGUUGUGGUUGCUACCGUUCCACUAGCAGAAAUGAUGGGCUACUCAACAGUUUUGCGUUCUCUAACAUCAGGCUCAGCAACCUUCACUUUGGAGCUUGCCAGUUAUCAAGCCCUGAGCAGUCAAGAACAAAGUGCGCUGCUUCAGAGGAGGACGGGAUUAGUGUGAUUGCUUUACUCUGUAGAACAAAAAUGUAUUUUCUGUCCUCUCCAUUAAAUAUUCUCAGAAGUGUAUUUAUGUACACCAGUAUGUUCUUCUGGGACCAGCUGGUUGUUGUGAAUGAUGAAUUAGCAGCUGUGUGAACAGACUGUGCUUUUAAGUGUCCAAGGAAGGGUUCAAGAGAUUGUGUUCUUCUAAUAGAGCCUUGUAAUUGCAAAGCAGCUGAACCAGAUAUGCAACCACAAUUUGCUACUUUACAAAUUCUCAUCUUGCAGAUAUCUGCAAUGAGACAUGAUGCAAAUCCUCUUCACAGAAAUGAGCGCUAAGUGCACCUUAAUGUGCCAUUAGGACUGUUUACUUAUGGAAGUAACUAAAGUUCAUGAAGUUUACUUGCUUCAGUGUAAGUCUGAAGUCAUACGUCUGUAAGUGAAAUAACUUUAGAGUUUUGGCAGUCUGUAUCUUGACUUGUCUUCAGUUGAAAAAAAAAUCAUUAAUAAGCAUUUUAAAAUGUACAACUAUAAGUUACUUUCUGUAUUGUUAGAAACAAAUUUGAACCAGAGUACAGAACUGGGUGUAACUUCUACCCAAGUUUGCUUUAGCAAAUAACUGGAAAGGAUGUUUCUGCAAAUUCAGUGACAUCUAUGUAAAAAAAUACAAGAACGGCAGAAUUCUCCUAGGACAGUGAUCCCUACACCUUCUGCCUUCGAUUUUUUUGUUGACUUUUAGGAAUGAGUGAUUUAAGCUCUAAUGGCUCUGAGUUGCUAUGUGUAACGAGUUCUGAUUUACAAUUAUCUGGUUACAUAGAAAAAAGUGGCAAAUGAUGAGAUACUUUGAAAUAAAAAGACGGUUUGCUUUUUAUUUAAAUA